UGGCUUCCCAGAUACCGGGGGGGUCGUCAGCUGCAUCAGGCUGGGCUGCUUGGGAUCUGGCGUCGGGGAGGCAUAGCCCUGAUAGGAGGCCUCGAAUCUCUCUGCCUGAAUUUUCCUGCGCUUUGGGGUUAGUCCCUUAAAGCCGACUUGGCCGGGAUACAUGGGCGGGUGGUUCCGUGGGCUCUAGAAAGUCAACCGGCUCCGCCAUCGACAAGGUUUGUUGGCUGCGACCAGCAACCACCUGCGCACAUGACAGACAAUAUCAGCUUGCCCGAUACUUGGUGCUUUGUUGAUGCAGUUUGUUCUUAGCGGCGCCGCUCUUGCAGAAGCAAUCGCCAGGGAACUCUGGCAUCCCAUCACUCUCUGGUUGGAACGAGCCCCAAUUCCCCAAUAUUUAGGCUAUGGGGAAAGCGGAGAUUCAUAAGAGAAGCCAAGCGACUGAAAAAGAAAGCUAGUCGGUGACUCAAAGAGGUCCUUGCUCGCCCUCUUCAUGUUUCUCUUUUCUCAUUCAUUUUGUCAUCGUUCUCCCUUCAAUCUCAUGCCUUUACCUUUCUUUUUUUUUUACAUCCGCCAUUUGCACAUUCAAGAAGUGACGUGUAGCCGAAAGGACUUCCCGUCCAUUGGUUGCAAUUGCUGACAUAUCUCCGUGGCCCUCCAACCUCGAGUCAUCUCGGCCUAGCCAAUCCCGUCUGGGACCUUGGACGGAAGAAAGUAUAUAAAACUUCCACCCCGGUGCCAUGGAAUACUUUGAUUUUGACCAAGCGGCCCGCGAUAUCGAUACGGCUUCCAACUGUCCGGAGAUCGACCACCAGGAUUUUGAUGCUUUGAUGAAUGAUGAUAACGUCGUUGUCUCUGCCACCGAUGCCCUAAACGACGUUGCUGAGGGUGAAAAAGGAUGGGAGCCUUCGUUUAAGUUAGGCGGACCUUGGCCCAUGUAUCGAGCUCCAGAACCGUGUUUCUUCUGUCGUUCUAUGGGCUUGGACUGCUUUGUGGCUCAGAGAGGUGUGUUGCAGAACGGGUGCACCUGUUGCAUUGCGCUAUAUCGACAGUGCAGCUUUACCAACGCCGAGCCGCAGCAAAAGUGCUUGGAGACAUUACACGUGGUGGGAGAGGACUCUUAUGUUCCAACCGGAAGCUUAACAGGGAAGAGAGCUUUGAAAUCAUAUCGUGGACCAUCUACAGGCACAUUACUCGAAGAGCCAGAGCAAAGGGGGAGAAAAAUUGGUGCCAGAUUCCCAAAGGAAGCCGUCCGGGUGCUAAAGUCGUGGCUAUCGGAACACACCGCUCAUCCGUACCCAACGGAUGAAGAAAAAGACGCCCUGAAAGCGAAAACUGGUCUGAGACGAAGCCAAAUCAGCAAUUGGCUUGCGAAUGCUCGUCGCCGCGGGAAAGUCCGACCUUUCCCACGUCAUCCUUCUCCUCACGCUACUGGCGUUCCAAUUCCGGGUAAGGAGCUUCCUCCUGGCGUUGAUUUCGCAGACCUGAACCCUUUGGAGCGAUGGAAGCAUUCUCCACCUGAAAACGAAGCUGCUUCAGCCCGUGAUAUUAUCCAAGCCAUGGCUACUGCUCCCUUCCAUCCCAACGGGUCGAAUGACAGCUCGGGCCCUGUGCGAUCAAAUUCCCGAAGAACUGGAUCCAGCAAUGGUGAUUCAAGCUUUUCCAACGUCCUACCUGCGGGAUCUUUGAGCAGCUAUAGUUUGGAUACGACUCAAUCUAGUGUUUCCGAUAUGUCUUUUGCUUCUGUUUUCUCUCAUCGCUCAUCACGUGCCUCUUUCGGCUCGAUGGAUACGAGAGAACGCCGACGCCGCCGGCACAAAUCCGCAAUUGGCCAAAACCCUUUCCAGAAAUCUCGCGCCGCGCGCAUAUACCAGUGCACCUUUUGCACUGAUUCUUUCGCUACGAAGUAUGACUGGCAACGCCAUGAGAAAUCUUUGCAUCUUGCCCUGGACAAAUGGACCUGUGCACCCCAAGGUGGGGUGAUAUUGGAAAAUGGCGAAUCCGUAUGUGCAUUCUGCCGAUACCUGAACCCAGACGAAACUCAUUUAGAGUCGCACAAUUAUACCACUUGUCAAGAGAAGUCUAUACAGGAGCGAACAUUUUACCGCAAGGACCACCUUAACCAGCACCUGCGCCUCAUGCAUAAUGUAAAGCUCGGGUCUUGGAUGGACCAGUGGAAGAGUGCUACAACUGAGGUUAAGUCUCGUUGUGGCUUCUGCUCGGCUACCUUUACCACGUGGAAAGAUCGCGUUGACCAUCUUGCGGCGCAUUUCAAAGCUGGAGCGGAAAUGCGACAAUGGAAAGGGGACUGGGGCUUCGAAUCUUGUAUCCAGCGUUGCGUCGAGAACUCCAUGCCCCCCUAUCUUAUUGGUGAGGAACGUAACACUCUCAACCCAUGGGUCGCCCAAGUACCCAGUCUAUCUGCUGCAAAGAAGCCCAAUGCGUCCACUGCAGGAACCUCCGCGGCACAGAUUCCUGUUCCGACUGAUGCUAGUUGUUUCAAGCGAUUGGAAGUCGAACUCUCGGCAUAUAUUGGCCGCCUGGCAGCUCAAGGUACCGUGCCAACCGACGCAAUGAUACAGGCAGAAGCGCGUAAUACCAUAUAUGGGAGUGAUGACCCAUGGAAUCAGACUUGUGCUGAUAACCCGACGUGGCUGGCUCUUCUGAAGCGUGAUACUGGCAUCUAUGAUCUACCGGGAACCCAAAACAUUCAACUAGAUGACUUAGGCAUGCAACCACCCUUCGCUGCAAACGGAGGUCUUCGUCAGGCCCCGAAACACUCUUUGAGAACUACUCCGCCUUGCAGCGGUUCUUCAGGGUUCCAGAGCCCAGCAUUACCCAGCUCAGGAUUCCAUUCUUCUGGACCUAGCCAUAGAGGCAGCCAUGCAGGCAGCUUGGCUGGCAGUGUUGAUUUCUCAGCUGGAGGCCUCGGUCAAGGGAGCUUGGGAGGUUUGCCAAGUUCCACACUGGGUGGCACUCUUUCUUCCUCGGCACCAGUCUCCAUGGACAAUGACCCUUUCAUACAAAUGGGUUUCGAUGCAGACUUUCUUCAGCGUCUAGAUGAUGAUUAUGAAGACAUCGGUCAUGAUUUGGAUGAUCUACACGUCGAAAAGUUUGGGCUGGGGGAUUCGGCUGGUUUUCAUGAUCUUGGUUUUAAUGAUACGACUUUCAACAUGACUGCGACCUCCGCACCGGACCAGAAUCCACUUGCAUCUAAAUUACCAACCUCUAUGUCGUAUGAAGCACGAUAUCAGAAUGUAUUCGAUCACUCGGUAGCGUUUUCUGAGCCUAGGGCAUCGGAGUUCCGGGACUUUGGGCGCUAAA